AUGUCCAUUGACACUGGUGUGACCUGCAAAACUGAUUUUGUAGUUAUAAACGGAGAUGGCAGAAGUCUCCUCUGCAGAGAAACAGCAGUGAAACUUGGUUUGCUACGACUUGGGCCUAGCCAUGCCGUUAAUGCUGUCAAUACAGAAGCUGAUAUCAAAGAAAAGUACAAAGAACUUUUCAACGGUGUUGGCCUUCUUAGGAAUUACGAGUUGAAGUUAAAUAUCGAUGAGUCGGUGAAGCCGGUGGCGCAGCCAGUCCACAGGAUUCCAUUCGGUGUACGAGACAAUGUCGAGAGAAAGCUAGAUGAAUUGAUGGAGAGUGGAAUUAUAGAGGAAGUCCCAGAAGGACCAACAGGGUGGGUCUCACCACUUGUGGUUAUACCGAAGGCAGACGGAGAUAUCAGGAUUUGUGUAGACAUGAGGUGUGCCAAUCAAGCAAUAGUGAGGGAACGUCAGCCUAUCCCUACAAUAGUGGAAGUGCUUCAAGAUCUUAAUGGUAGCACAGUAUUCAGUCGUGUAGAUCUGAAGUGGCGAUUUCAACAGAUACCUCUAGCUGACGAGAGUAGACAUGUGACAACGUUCGUGACUCACCGUGGUCUCUAUAGAUAUACCCGACUCAUGUUUGGUGUCACCUCAGCACCAGAAAAAUACCAACAAAUCAUCCAGGGCGUACUGCGAGGCUGUGAAGGCGUGGCUAAUGUAGCAGAUGACCUGAUAAUUCACGGACGAGGGGAGGAGCAGCAUGAUAAGAGGCUCUUGGCUGUGCUCGAUCUAUUGACGGAAACAGGUCUGACACUGAACAAAGACAAAUGUGAAUUAAGGUUACCCAGGUUGACAUUUUUUGGUCACGAAGUAACACAGACCGUUAUAGAACCCAGUGAAGAGAACGUCGCAGCAAUCAGACAGGCAGAACCCAUUCAGAGGUUAACCCACAAAAAUGCUGAGUUCAAAUGGGGAAAAGAACAACAGUUGGCACUCGAGAAGUUAAAAGAGCUGAUCACGCACGCGGAUGUCCUAGCUUACUUCAAUGUAAACAGCAGAACAAGAAUUGUGGCAGAUGCGUCACCGGUGGGGCUUGGAGCGGUUUUAACCCAGCUACAUGGAAGUGAGUGGCGUGUGAUUGGGUGUGCUUCGCGACGCCUGUCUGACGUGGAGCGGCGAUACAGCCAAACAGAGAAAGAGGCCCUAGCCCUGGUAUGGGCUUGCGAACGCUUUAACAGGUAUGUUUUCGGCAGGGAGUUUGAGCUUGAGACGGAUCAUAAGCCUCUGGAGUACAUGUAUUCGCAGAAAUCGAAGCCUUCUGCCCGUGUGGAAAGGUGGGUCCUUCGCCUACAAGCCUAUCACUUUAAGGUUGUUUACAGACCAGGCAAGACCAAUAUCGCAGAUGCCUUGUCUAGGCUAAAUUGUGGGUUCCAAAGAAAUGACGGAGAAUAUUAUGACUUUGUGCAUGCUGUGGUUGAGAAUAGUGUUCCUUGUGCUUUGACACCCGCUGAAAUAGAAAAAGCCUCAGCUGAGGAUAUGGAGCUGAACCUCAUCAAAGAAUGUGUCCAAACAGGAUAUUGGAGUCAGUGCAAUGUACCUGCAUACCUGCAUGUGAAGAAUGAAUUGUGUUCGUAUGGUGGUCUGCUUUUACGAGGUUCCAGGCUUGUGAUUCCCCGAGAAUUGCGACCGCGUGUUUUGGAGUUGGCCCACGAGGGACACCAGGGGGAAAGUUUACCGGUGGUGGUAUACUAUUUUAGUAGAUAUUUUGAAGUGGUUAUUUUGAGGUCAACUUCUAACACAAGAAUCACUGAAGUUCUAAAACCACUAUUUUACCGGUUUGGAGUGCCGCAUACACUCAAGACUGACAAUGGGCCUCAACUGGUAUCUGAAGAGUUUGAAGCCUUCCUUGCAGAAAAUGGGAUAGAACACCGCACAACAACUCCCCUAUGGCCGCAGGCCAAUGGGGAAGUAGAGCGUCAGAAUCGCACGUUAAUGAAGUCAGUCCAGAUAGCUCACAUUGAGGGGAAAGAUUGGUGUCAAGAGUUACAGACAUCCCUAACCGCAUAUAGGUCAACUCCUCAGAUGACAACUGGAGCAACACCCUUCUACCUGAUGUUUGGAAGGGAAAUGCGGUCAAAGUUGCCAGACCCACGAAGGGAGGCACCUAUCACUAAUGAGGAAGUCCGCGAUCGAGACUGGUCAAGGAAGUUAUCGUAG